GAUAAGAAACAUGAGAGCCAAGUGUGAUAACACCGUUUUCUUUUUUAUUAUCGAUUUUGACACUGAUUCCGUAUUCUGAGAGUUUCAUCAAAAAUCAAAAAAUUGCAAAAAUGGCUAGAAAAACCAUUGAUUCAAUUCCAGAGCCAAUUGCUCUUCCAACAGAAGAAACAGUUCAAAAGCGCAUUAAACUGAAAAUGGUGGAUUUGGAUGCAGAAAUAGCGAAAUUGAACGUACAAAGUCUUGACAGUAGUAUACAGAUGAUCCGAGAUAUCGAUCAAAUGAAUGUAGAUGCAGUCCAGACAACUGCUGCUCUUGAAGAUCAAGACGAACAGCUUGACAAAAUCGAGGCGAAUCUCAGCAAUGUCAUCGAUGAUCUGAAUGUUGUUUCACAUAACAUAACAGCAAUGGAGCAUUAUUGCGGAUGCGGCUUCUUUCGAAUUCUCCGCGCGCCAUUCAAGUAUUUUCGAAAACGAGAGCGUGACAUCAUAAAGGAAGAAGUAUUAGAAAAAAUGACGAGCCCAAAAUUGCGACGUAAAGAGGAAAGUAACAUGAUGAUGUUCACGAAUUCCAGCAAGCGAAGGGAGUCUACCGGGGAUUUUAUGAAACGUCUAACAUGUGACGCAAUAGAAGAUGAGUUGGAACGAAACUUGAUGCAGAUUGAUCAGGGACUUGAAUCUGUCAAAAAUUUGGCUGUUGAUAUGCACGUACAGCUAAAACUACAAGAACCAAAACUGAACAGGAUAGAAGAAUUGACCGAAACAAAUGAUUUUGUCGUGGAGGGAGUCAAUGAUAAAGUGAAAAAACUACUUCACUGACUUCACAAAAAGUGUGGUGCGCGCAUUCCACGGGCUACAAACACAUGGGUAAACUGUACAUUUUCAAAUAUUGUUGAAAACUUUUAAUUUUUCAAUUUUAAAUUCAAACUUUAUGUUUUAAGCAAUAAAAUGAUGAUUUAAU